AUGCCCGGCCACUACCUCCACAUCGAUCAAGGCCAAGGAGGCGUCUACACCCUCCCAACCACUACUCGCGAUGCUGACGGGCAAGAACACCAAGUGUCCGCAAUAGGUACAUCCCACUGCUACACCUGCGUCGGCGUCUACAUCCGACUGAACGACGCCGGAACAAGAUGCUUCGUCGCUCACAUCUCCGCCGACCUUGGUGACGCCUACUUGACCUGUACAGAUGAUCACAGCAAGGUUUAUCUAGAUGCCAUGCAAGCCAAAGCGCUAGUCAGUCGUGUGAAAACGAAGCUGGACGACGUGCCCCAACUUCGAGGGUGGGUCAAGAACACCGAUGCUGCCACUAAAGCCAGGAACGUCUUCUUGAUAUCUCCUAAGAGCGAGGACCCGACCGGUACGCCCUUGACUGGGCGGUACAUAGUGGGAGCCAUUCAGAUGUUCGUCGGCCUUGAUCAGUCGGUACCAGAUCGAGCGCAUGGUUUCUGCAUUGAGCAAGAUGGCACUCGUACAAGGGCAAACUUCACCUGGAACGGCGUGUCGGACACAUCGCCAGGUGUGAAGGCAUGGUUCAAGCCUUCUGCGCCGUAUCCCGAGCCAGAUUCCUUGAAGUCCCAUGGGUGGGAAAGGGGUAAUGCGAAAGCACCAGAGCUGACGAGGUGGGAUUUGGCUGGUCCGUGGUCGAUGAACUUCCAUCUCGGAGAGUGGUAUGAGGGGGAGUAUAGAUGCCAAGGCCAGUGA